UAUCUCCUAAUGACAACCUACUCAGCUGCUGACCGGGAACAUAAACACUGAAUCAGUUCCUGUACAGGCUAAAAAUGGCGGCUUCAGGAGCCGGGUCUCCUGGUCGGCUCGUCCAGUAUGUGGUCGUCCGGUCGGAUCUGGUUCAUAACCUGUCUUGGAAUCUGGGAGCCGUGAUAACUCAGGCCUGUCAUGCUGCUACCGCCGCCAUCCAGCUGCACUACUCGGACCCGGACACACAGCGGUACCUGGCGGAGCUGGACUCCAUGCAUAAAGUGGUGCUUGGGGUUCCAGACGAGGCCGCCCUCUCCGGCCUGUCAAAGAGUCUGACUGAGGCCGGUGUGUCCCACAAGCUUUGGAUCGAACAGCCAGAGAACAUACCCACCUGCCUGGCUCUGAAGCCCUAUCCUAAAGAGGCUGUGCAGCCACUGUUGCGCAAGUUCAAGCUCUUUAAAUAAGAGACAGUGUCCAUGUAUGCGCUGCAGUGUCGGUUAAUAUUUGUUUUAGUUACUUCUCUUCAUCUGAUUGUGUCUACAGAAUGAUCUGUGGACAUCACAUCAUUUGUCUGUGUAAGCAUCAAAACAGCUGUAAUUUACAAGAUUAAAAUCGGAAUAUGCA